CGUUUCCCCCCCCCCCCCUAUUUAUCGGCGCGGGGCGCGGGCGGCGGCCCAGAGGCGGCGGCGGCAGCGGGCGGCAGCGGAGCCCGGCCAUGAACCCCAACUGCGCCCGCUGCGGGAAGAUCGUGUACCCCACCGAGAAGGUCAACUGCCUCGACAAGUUCUGGCAUAAAGCAUGUUUCCACUGCGAGACCUGCAAGAUGACCCUAAACAUGAAAAACUACAAGGGCUACGAGAAGAAGCCGUAUUGCAACGCACACUACCCGAAGCAGUCCUUCACCAUGGUGGCAGACACUCCCGAGAACCUGCGUCUGAAGCAGCAGAGCGAGCUGCAGAGCCAGAUUCGCUACAAGGAGGAGUUUGAGAAGAACAAGGGAAAAGGCUUCAGCGUGGUGGCUGACACCCCGGAGCUGCAGAGAAUCAAAAAGACUCAGGAUCAGAUCAGCAACAUAAAGUACCACGAAGAGUUUGAGAGGAGCAGGAUGGGCCCCAGCCCCAGCGAGGGUGCCGAGAUGGAGCGCAGGAACUCCCAGGAAAGCACCAAUUACCGGAGACCCGCCGAGCAGCAGCAGCAGCCGUCUCAUCACGUCCAGCCCAGCAACCCAGUCUACCAGCAGCAGCAGCAGCAGCAGAUGUCGUCUCAGUCCUACGGCUACAAGGAGCCCGCGGCACCAGCCUCCACGCAGCGCAACGCUCCUUCUGGAGGGGGGAAGCGUUUCCGCGCCGUCUACGACUACAACGCAGCCGAUGAAGACGAGGUCUCCUUCCAGGACGGCGACACCAUCAUCAACGUGCAGCAGAUCGAUGACGGGUGGAUGUACGGCACGGUGGAGCGCACGGGCGACACGGGCAUGCUCCCCGCCAACUACGUGGAGGCCAUCUGAGCCGCGGGAGGGGACGGGGCGCGCGGCCCCCCCGCCGAGCCCCCCGCCCGUGCCAGCCCCAGUGUGUGUGUGUGUGCGUCUCCCUCCCUCCCACCCAGCACCCCUUCUCCAGCGUGCUCUGCCGCUGCCCGCCGGAGCCGCGGGCCGACAUCUCGGUUUCUUUGUGUUUCUGCAGCCGCCUCUGGUUUCUCUUGCCAAUUUAGCUUUGUUCUCGCUCUGUCGGGACUGAGGGACUGUCUGCAAGGGAUGUUGGGGGCUCGGGAGACCAAAUGGCCGUCGCUUUCCUUCUCCCUCAGUCCCCCCCUCUCUAGCCUUCCGGAGGGGCUGGGGCACCCGUGCCAGCCGGGGCCCCUCUCCCAGGUGCUCGGGCAGUUACUGGGGGAAGCAGCCGAGUCGCUGGGAGCCGGUGCAGAGGGAGGAGCAGACCCUCUGCUGGGACCAAAUCCCCCCACCUCGCACUGGGAUGG